AUGGCGCCAACACCCAAUACUGGAGAUAUUAAAUACGUAAUUGUUCGUAGUUACGGAGGCGAACCUGCGUCGAGCGCUGUUCUCGCGCCCAAGCUCGGUCCUCUCGGAGUUCCCCCAAAAAAAGCGGGAGACGAAAUGGUUAAGGUAACCCAAGCAUGGAAAGGAGUACGUGUCACUGUCCGUUUGGCUAUUCAAAACCGACAGGUCACAGCCGAAGUCAUUCCAACUUCAACUUCUAUGAUCCUUAAAGCUCUCAACGAACCAAUUCGUGACAGAAAAAAGGUAAAGAACAUAACUCAUUCAGGCAACUUAUCCUUGGAUGUUAUCAUUGAUAUUGCAAGAAAAAUGAGAACUUGUGGACAUGGUAUUCCAUCACGCACUCUCAAAGGAUCCAUUCUUGAAAUUCUCGGAACUGCCAACUCAGUUGGUUGUACCGUUGAUGGAAUGAAACCGAGCGCUCUUCAAAAACUGAUUAAAAACGAAGAAGUUAUUGUACCAGAAAUUUAA